UUUUUUAUAAGUAUAUGUUUGAGCAAAAUGAACAUUGUUGUUUUAUUCCAUAAACUACGGACAACAUUUAUCCAAAUUCCAAAUAAACUGUUGUCAUUUAGAGCAUUUAUUUGCAGAAAAUAAGAAAUGGCUGAAAUAACAAAAAAGAAGCACAGCUUUUAGACAUCAAAUAAUGCAAAGAAAGCAUGUUCAUAUUCAUAAAGUUUUAAUAGUUCAGAAAUCAAUGUUUGGUGGAAUAACCCUGGUUUUUAAUCACAGUUUUCAUGCAUCUUGGCAUGUUGUCCUCCACCAGUCUUACACAAUGUUUUGGAUAACUUCAAAAAAUUCAAGCAUUUCAUCUUGGUUUGAUGACUUGAUGAUGAUCAUCCAUCUUCCUCUUGAUUAUAUUCCAGAGGUUUUCAAUUUUGUAUUUUUAAGUGGUCUCUUAAAGGUAAAGUUUAAUACAAACAGUUGAAAGCAUAAGGUUGAUUUACUGUUAAAUAAAAAUCGAGGUGCACAAAUGAAUCAGUUCUGACGUCGGAGAUCAGCGUUGUUUCAGUGCAUUUGCGACGGAACUGAUGGAAAUGAACGUUGAUUCAACAUACUUUUGUUAUCUGGGUAACGUUUUUCCUGAAUGUGGGAAAUUGAGGUGCUUUGCAAAAAACUGUGCUGAUAAAGGGUCGGAUUGGAUUAUGGAUGAUUUCAUCUUAAACUGCGCUAAUUUCCUCAACAAGAAAGAAUACAAAUAACAUCUGCUGUUUGAUCCGUGAUAACCGCGCUAAUCCCCGGGCAGUGCUCAUCUCUGGCCCACUGUAGACCACCACUCUCAGACCGCUCCUCAAACGGAGUUUGAAGGCCCAAAUCGAGGAGAUCAGUGAUCCCAUUCGGUUUCAUAUUCAUUCCCUCCAACUGUUAACACAGUGAGCCCUUCCCGGCUAGCUGGGCCAGAGGAACCCAGGGUGCCCUUUUGAUCAUUUCAAUCUCUCCUUGGUACAAUAGUUCUGAUUGGCUGAAGCAGUAAGAAGGGGAAAAUCUUUAAUGAAGCAGAUAAUCUCUUGUUGGGAUGAGAGCAGCUCCAUUUCAGAGCCCCCUUUGGCUCACAAAUGAGAGCCCAGCCUCUGAGUUCUGCAUGUAACUCCACAGCUCGCUUGCAGCUUUCUUUCAAGCUCAAGAACUGUCCAUCAGCCCUCUCUCAGGAUGUUCAUACAUUUGGACGUUUAUUACUACAUGUUCAUCUUGAUGGUCCACAUGAAAUCGUGCUGCAGUUGGUCAGUGAAUAAUUUCCUGAUGACUGGCCCAAAGGCCUAUUUGAUAUAUUCAAGCAGUGUGGCUGCGGGAGCUCAGAGUGGAAUUGAAGAAUGCAAAUAUCAAUUUGCCUGGGACCGCUGGAACUGUCCGGAACGGGCCCUGCAGCUCUCCACCCACAGUGGGCUCAGGAGUGCAAACCGGGAGACAGCUUUUGUCCAUGCCAUCAGCUCUGCUGGGGUGAUGUACACCCUCACUAGGAACUGCAGUCUUGGAGAUUUUGACAACUGUGGUUGUGAUGACACAAGGAAUGGUCAGCGAGGUGGUCAAGGCUGGCUGUGGGGAGGCUGCAGUGACAAUGUGGGUUUUGGGGAGGCCAUCUCCAAGCAGUUUGUGGAUGCUCUAGAAACUGGGCAAGAUGCACGGGCUGCCAUGAACCUGCACAACAAUGAAGCAGGGCGCAAGGCAGUGAAAGGAACCAUGCAGAGAACAUGUAAGUGCCAUGGGGUAUCCGGCAGCUGCACUACUCAGACCUGCUGGCUGCAGUUGCCAGAGUUUCGGGAAGUGGGCAACUACCUGAAGGAGAAGUACCAUCGUGCCAUCAAGGUGGACCUUCUGCGAGGCGCAGGCAACAGCGCAGCCAGCCGUGGAGCCAUCGCUGAAACCUUCAGUUCCAUCUCUCGUAAAGAACUGGUGCAUCUGGAAGACUCUCCUGACUACUGUGUGGAAAACCGCACUCUGGGCCUGCCAGGCACUGAAGGUCGAGAAUGCCUGAAGAAGGGCAAGAACCUGAGCAAGUGGGAGAAGCGCAGCUGUAAGCGGCUCUGCAGUGACUGUGGACUGGCCGUGGAGGAACGCAGAGCAGAGACAGUGUCUAGCUGCAACUGCAAGUUCCACUGGUGUUGUGCUGUAAAAUGUGACCAGUGCCGUAAGACUGUGACCAAGUACUACUGCGUCAAGAAGACCAAGCGGGUUAAGAACGACAGUGCGAGUCGAAGGAAAAGCCUUCGCUUAAAGAAAAAGCACUAAAGGAAUACUGAAGGCUUCAACAUAAUAAAAUGUAAUAAAAUGUAAGUGUUGUUUAAAUAUUGUUUGGCUGUUGAAAUGCAAAAAAAGGAAAUAUAUCUUUGUGAUGGUCACGGAUUUUAAACCAGAUUUCUGUAUUCACAACUGUUCCUCAACCUGAUAUGUUUCUGAAGGACUUUAGACAUCUGUCAUUACGCAUAUUUAGGAUAGCACUGAAAAGCUUUUUAACCAUAAAAUAGAGAACAUUAGAUUCGCUUUGAAAUAGUGUCUCCCAGACUUUCACCAACAGACGAGCCUCUGUCUUGUAUCCAUUAUCUGUAUUAUGCUAAAGCUGCUAAAGCAACUAAGCGUUAUUAUAUUUUGAUACUGGGAUAAUAAUCACACUGUAUGUCAAAUUUGUAAAUUUUCUGUAAAUAAGAUGAAGCACUUUGUAUAUUGUUUAUUUAUUGCACAUAUACAGUAUUAUGUAGUGGUGUUUGUUAGCUCUCUUUUGUAUU